UCUGUCUCGUUGAAUUACUACGGACGUUGAAUCUAAUCGUCUCCCAACCAUCUCCAAGUAUCAAGUAUUUUCUGUGGGCUUCUUGGUUGCUUGCGUGUGGUGCAUCAGAUCUGCUCGUUCACGAUUAUCAUCGCUCUUUCUAAGAUGGCUUUCGACAAUGUCUCAGAUCCCCCAAAGGGCAUCGCUGAUGAGCGAGGUACUGCCUAUGGUGCCGAGCCUGGAAUCCCGCGAGGUAGAGCGGCGUGGUUUGGUGGAAAGGAUGUCAAAAUCGGACCGCGCAUUGCGCCCGUGAUUGCCCCUGUCGGCACCAUCAGUGCCUCAGGCUCGACUAGUGAUCUCAGCAGCGCCGACGAGAUUCUAUUAAAGCAAAAGGAGGACGAGGCAGGCUCGGCGAUUCAAUAUCGUACUUGUAGUUGGCAAAAGACAGCCGCCCUCUUGUUCUCCGAAUACAUUUGCUUGGCUAUCAUGAGUUUUCCAUGGUCGUAUAGCGUUCUUGGCCUUGUACCUGGACUUAUCCUCACUGUUGUUCAAGCAUUAAUCGUGCUGUACACCUCAAUCAUAUUAUGGGAGUUUUGCUUGAGACAUCCCGAGGUCCGUGACGUAUGCGAUAUUGGCCAAAUGCUCUUCUGGAACAAGAAAUGGGCAUGGUGGGCGACUGCCGUCAUGUUCAUCUUGAACAACACUUUCAUCCAGGGUCUACACGUUCUUGUUGGUGCCAAGUAUAUUAACACCAUGAUUGGCUCUGGCGAUCCUGGUGUAUCUUGCCAGACCGUGUCUUUCGGAAUCAUUGUGGCCCUCAUCUCUUGGAUCUGUUCUCUCCCGCGAACGUUCGAUAUGCUCUCGAAGCUGGGAACUGCAUCGGCCUUUUUUACCUUCGUCUCGGUCCUGCUCGCGACCAUUUUUGCCGCUAUCCAGGUCCAUCCGGCUAAGUGGACCGCAGAACUUGGCGACCCUGUGGUUACCGCGAUCCCUCUUGCAGGAACUACUUUCGUCAACGGAUUGAACGCAUUCCUGAACAUCAGCUAUACCUUCAUCGGCCAGAUCACUCUCCCAAGUUUCAUCGCCGAAAUGAAGGAGCCCAAGGAUUUCCCCAAGGCUUUGUGGGCUUGCACCAUCCUCGAGAUCUUGGUGUUUAGUGUUGUGGGAGCCGUUGUAUAUGCUUACGUCGGUAACCAAUACAUUACUGCACCGGCAUUUGGAUCCCUUGAUGAAUUAUAUAAAAAGGUCUCUUUCUCUUUCAUGAUUCCGACACUUAUCUUCCUUGGUGUCCUUUACGCUUCCGUUUCGGCACGUUUCAUCUUCUUCCGCCUAUUCCAGAACUCGCGCCACAAGAACGACCACACGCUUGUGGGAUGGGCCAGCUGGGCUGGUAUUCUACUAGCUACAUGGAUCAUGGCCUUCAUUAUUGCCAACGUUAUCCCGUUCUUCUCCUCGCUUUUGUCCCUCAUGUCUUCGUUGUUUGACUCAUUCUUCGGUUUCAUCUUUUGGGGAGUUGCCUAUUUCCGCAUGCGAAAGGCGGACGGGUCUGUCGCACUGGUGAAGGAUCGAUCCAUCCGUGGAUGGUUCGAAGGUAUACUAAACAUCAUUAUCAUUGCCACUGGUGUAUUUUUCCUCACAGCAGGAACAUAUGCAUCAGUUGAAGGAAUUAUUCAAGAGUUCGAGGCCGGAACUGUCGGAAGUGUGUUCCAGUGCACGAGUAAUGGUCUCUAAAUUACUAUAUUAUGUACAAGGAUGGAUAAGUAUAUGGAAAGAUCACGUGCAGGGUGGUGAGGCGUCAAAACGGAAAUACCCAAAGGAAACAUGGGAGGAAAGAAGUGAUAUUCCAUAAUUGCACGGGCGCUCAGAUGGUUUAAAAUAUUUGCCACAUUACUAUGGAGCAUAGCAAUGGAAGGGGAGGCUCAUAGAGUGAGCUCUUCAUUAUUGACCGCCUAGCGAUGCAUCCAGUAGAUGCUGCUCCUAGACUGCGUGGAGAUGAAGCAUCUCUGC